GCCAGCUUUGCCGCCAAGAGCCCCUCCCACACCUACUCGAUCCUCGACAAGCAGGGCGCCGUUGCUCUCGUCGACCACGUGGCCGCCACCUAUCCGGGCUACGCCAACAUCCGCCAGCUCUUCGACGCUAUCCCGCGCACCGUCAUCCGCGCCGACUUCCUCCGCUUCCUGCUCCUCGCCGUCGAGGGCGGCGUGUAUUCCGACUCGGACACGCUCAUGGUCCGCCCGCUGGCCGACUGGGUGCCCGAUGGACUCAAGGACCGCACUAGGCUCAUUGUCGGCAUCGAGGCCGAUGCAGGGCGCCACAGCAUGCUCAUCAAGGGCACCUCACACCGCGUGCAGUUCUGCCAAUGGACUCUCGCGGGCGCACCGGGGCACCCUGCGCUCUGGGCCAUGGUGGAUCGUGUGCUGGAGCGGACCGCGGCGGUCAAGACGUUCUCGGACGCCGAGGUUUUGGACCUGGGUGGGCCAGCCGGAUGGACCGAGGUCGUCUUCGAGCACCUGCGUAAAGAGACCGGCACGGUGGUGACCUGGGAGAACAUGACGGGCAUGAGGGAGCCGCGGCUGUUUGGGGACACCCUAGUGCUACCUAUCGAUGGAUUUGCUACAGGCGUGCCGCACUCUGGGUCGAGUCAGGAUUGGACGGACAUGACGAUGGUGCAGCAUAUGUUUUUCGGAGGCUGGAAGGACAGUGGCAUGUAG